AUGGCGCUCGCCCCAGAGCGCGUCCUCGACGUUAUCGUCGCCGCCAUCUGCGGCUCGCUUAUCCUCUUCCGAUGUGGCUACCGACUGCUCUCCCGCUGCAGAAUCCACCCAAACUGCCACAGGACAUGGCAUGCCGAUGAUGCGUACAUGGCCUUUGCCAUUGUGCCGCUCGCCGCUCGCACCACUGUAAUCUAUCUGUCCUUCUCGCUUAAUCCUGGCCAGACCUUCGGCCUGCCAACCGAAUCCGAUGCCGUCGCAAGAGGCAGCUCUAUCGCCCAACUUGAGGAGAAUUACAUUAUGUCUCACAAGCUGCUGCUUCCUGCCCGCGUCUCCUACCUGACAUAG